AUGCGUGGGUUUUCAGUCGAAAAAGUGGACGACACUACCGUGCAAGAGCUCGACGCCGUCAAGGACGAUGCGGAGCUGCUUGACACUCGGCCAGAAAUUCUUCGGGAUCUCUCUAAAGAUGAUAUGGCUAGCAUGGAGAAGAAGCUGCUUCGCAAGCUCGAUAUCAGAUUGUUACCUAUCCUGAUCCUCCUAUUCGUCCUCAAUAUCUUAGACAGGAACGCAAUCGCAAACGCGCGUCUGGGCGGGCUGGAGGCCGACCUUGGCUUGACUGGGCUUCAAUAUCAGACAGCUGUCAUGGCUGUGUGGCCAGGAUAUAUCUCGAUGAUGAUCCCUUCAAACAUGGUACUGUCAGUCAUCAAGCCAAGAAUCUAUUUGCCUACAGUGGUCAUGGUAUGGGGAUUAGUGGCUGGUGCUAGUGGCUUCACUCAGAAUUUUGGCGGUAUUGUUGCUGUGAGGAUCCUGACCGGUGUUACUGAGGCGCCAUACUUUGUGGGCGUCAUUUUCUUGCUCUCCUGCUGGUACAAGCGAAAUGAGCUUCCGAUCCGAAUAUCCAUCUUCUACUCAGGUUACACGCUGUCUUCAGCAUUUGGGGGCUUGAUUGGCGCUGGCAUCAUAGGCAACAUGGAUGGCGUUGGGGGAUAUCGAUCAUGGAGAUGGCUCUUCAUCAUCGAGGGUGCUGCGACUAUCAUUUGCGGUAUUCCCGCCUUUUUCAUCUUGCCGAACUAUCCUGCAACAACGAAGUGGUUGAGCGAGCAAGAACGUGCUUUUGCACAAUGGCGCCUUGCUACUGAAGCCGACGGAGAGGAAGAUACAGUCCAAGGUUCUGUUAUGCAGGGUCUGAAGGAUGCUUGUACCGAUUCGAAGGUGUGGCUGCUAGUAAUUAUCCAGACCGGAGCUGUCAUGGGCAUGUCCUUCACCUACUUUUUUCCGAGCAUUGUUGCCACACUUGGCUAUCCUCGAGUCAUAACACUAUUAUUGACUGCACCUCCAUACUUUGCAGCUUUCCUAUUCUCCCUCGCAAACAGUUGGCAUUCUGGCAAAACCCUGGAACGAGGUUGGCAUAUCACGAUCGCUUGCGCCAUCGGCAUUGUCGGGCAGAUAACAGCCACUUCAACUCGUGUGAUCGGGGCUCGCUAUUUCGCCUUUUUCCUCUGUGCUUGCGGUGCAUUCUCAGCAUUCCAGGUCAUUCUCUCGUGGGUGUCAAGCACGAUUGCUAGGCCAAAGGCCAAGCGAGCUGUUGCUAUUGCCAUGGCCACUGCUAUCAGUAACGGUGUCGGCAAUAUUCCGUCAGCAUACCUGUACCCCACAACGGACGCUCCACUUUACCGCGUUGGUAGCGUAACCCUGACAUGUGCCUUGGCGAUAUGUGGUGUGACCUGUGUGGUUCUGAAAUACCUGCUGAAGCGUAUGAACAAGAGAGCAGAACAGAGAGACGCAGAAUCCAAUGCAGCUCUGACUACGUUCAGGUAUAUUACCUGA